AAGCAAAACAUAGACUGAAAUAGGUGAACGAAGAGGCAGGCGUGAAAAACAAUUGGGGAAGGAAGAAGGAUCUUGACGUUGAUGCGGAUACUGAUUCUGAUGCUGAUGUUAGAAAGAAAGAAUGAAAGCACCCAACUGUUUCAUAGUCAUGUUUCCACAAUAGGAAGACGAACUUCUUUCACUUACCUUUCCAAAUCAUCAAUUAAUUCUUGGUUCUUCUCGUACACCCCACCUACCACUUCGCUUCUGCUGCUGGACUAAUCCGUCUGUGUUUUGGGAAAUUCCUUGUGCACUCCGAAAAAUCGAACGAUUGUUUCUUCGAUUGCUCACUCCAGAUCGACCACGAAGGCUCCCGAGGUUCAAUUUAUGCCGGAAGGGGUUUUUGGAUGUACUGAUUAAUUGAAGGUUUGGGAACAGAGAUCAGUUUGGUGAUUAAGCAUUGCUUGCAUUGAUCUUCCUGCAAAUGAGUUCGGAUUCUGAUGUUUGUUCCUUUCGAAUUAGAUAAAAUGGAUGGGAAAAAAGUGAUAGCCAUAUGUCAGUCGGGAGGUGAAUUCAAGACCAAUGCAGAUGGUUUAGUCACCUACAAUGGCGGCGAUGCUCAUGCUAUGGAAAUUGAUAACAAAAUGGAGUUUAAAGUUUUCAAGUUGGAGGUCUCUGAGAUGUUUAAUUUUAACCAGGAAACCAUCACAAUCAAGUAUUUCCUUCCAGGGAACAAGAAGACUCUCAUCACCAUCUCCAAUGACAAAGACCUCAAACGUAUGAUCAAGUUCCACGACAAUUCAGAUUGUGCCGAGGUAUAUGUCGUGUCUGAAGAAGUUGCUGCCCCUGAUGAUGGAUCCCACAUGCCUGGAAGCAGGUCAAGUAGGACGACAUUGUCUCAAUCGGGGGCGCCUGCUUCCCCAACUAUGAUCGACAAUAUUGUGGAUGAUAUAAACCAGCCCCAUCUUCUCCUCGAUUCAGCCUUUGAUGUGGUUGGCGAUACCAACAAUGAUGCAGUCUCCCAAAUCGAUGCUCCAAUUGAAAUGCCCUUACCAAUCCCCUUUUCCACCUCCUACGAUGAGAAGCAGACGAAAGCUGCACAGCAAUGGCAGAACAAUAUCACAGGUGUGGGUCAACGAUUCAACAGUGUGCACGAAUUUCGGGAGGCGUUACGAAAGUAUGCCAUUGCUCAUCAGUUUGCGUUCAAGUACAAGAAGAAUGACAGCCACCGAGUAACUGUUAAAUGCAAAGCGGAUGGGUGUCCCUGGAGGAUCCAUGCGUCAAGGCUGUCGACUACUCCUCUGAUUUGCAUCAAGAAAAUGAACUCGACUCACACAUGUGAAGGCUCUGUGGUGACGACGGGGUAUCAAGCCACAAGAAGCUGGGUUGCCAGCAUCGUCAAGGAGAAGCUAAAAGUUUUCCCGAAUUACAAACCGAAGGACAUUGUUAAUGACAUCAAGCAAGAAUAUGGAGUCCAAUUAAACUACUUUCAGGCGUGGAGGGGCAAAGAGAUUGCGAAGGAGCAGCUUCAGGGGUCUUACAAGGAGGCAUAUGGUCAGCUUCCGUUUUUCUGUGAGAAGAUAGUGGAAACAAACCCGGGAAGCUUUGCCACUUUCUCGACAAAAGAAGACUCGAGUUUCCAUCGCUUGUUUGUCGCCUUUCAUGGUUCACUUUACGGUUUUGAACAAGGAUGUCGUCCAUUGCUUUUCUUGGAUAGCAUAUUCUUAAAGUCGAAGUAUCAAGGCUCUCUACUGGCGGCCACUGCUGCUGAUGGGGAAGAUGGAGUUUUCCCUGUGGCUUUUGCAAUUGUAGAUGAUGAGUCUGACGACAACUGGCGGUGGUUCUUACAGCAACUCAAGGCUGCACUUUCGAUGUGUAGGGGAAUAACUUUUGUGGCUGAUAGAGAGAAGGGACUACGACAAUCAAUUGCUGAGGUUUUCCGGGAUGAGGAGGUUUAUCAUGGCUUCUGCCUGCGGUACCUAUCUGAGCAGCUGAUGAGAGAUCUGACAGGGCAGUUUUCUCAUGAAGUGAAACGUCUCAUGGUCGAAGAUUUCUACAGCGCAGCAUAUGCCACUACGUCUGAAGGCUUCGAAAGGUGUGUGGAAAGCAUAAAACAUAUUUCCAUCUAUGCAUAUGAUUGGAUAAUGAGUAGCGAGCCUAUGCAUUGGGCAAAUGCAUUCUUCCAAGGUGCAAGAUAUAACCACAUGACUUCGAAUUUUGGUGAGUUGUUCUACAGCUGGGUGUCGGAUGCGCACGAAUUGCCCAUAACCCAAUUGGUCGACACUAUUCGGUGUAAGAUCAUGGAACUGAUUUAUACUCGGCGAGCAGAGUCCAAUGAAUGGUUGACCAGGUUAACCCCAUCUAUGGAAGGAAAGCUAGAGAAGGAAAACCUCAAAGUCAGGACUCUUCAGGUGUUGAUCUCUGGUGGGAACCGGUUUGAAGUUCGUGGGGAUACAGUAGAAUCUGUUGAUGUUGAUAACUAUGAUUGUACUUGCAAGAACUGGCAGCUUACGAGCGUACCUUGUUGCCAUGCCAUUGCUGUUAUUGGAUGUCUUGGUCGGGAUCCCUAUGAUUAUUGCUCAAGAUACUUCACAACAGACUGCUACAGAAUAACUUAUUCGGAAUCAGUACAUCCUGUUCUGGAUUUAGAUGGUCAAUGGCAGAGCGGCAGUUCUCAGGCGGCAAUGACAGUGACUGUAAACCCUCCUCCAACGCGCCGCCCUCCUGGCCGCCCUACCAGCAAGAGAGGCGGAUCACGAGAUGCCGGGAGACGCCAACUGCACUGCAGUAGAUGCAAGGGCAUUGGGCACAACAAGUCGACUUGUAAAGAGGUUUUGUUGUAGUUUUAGGGAUUUAUUUCACUGCUGCUAAAGCUACUAUCGAUGUUCUCAAUCUUCUCAGCUUCAAUGUUCUGCACUUACGAAAGAAUUAGAAGACAAGAAGCCAUUCUUCAAAAGAGCAUGUAAUGAAAUGGAAGAACAAUUGGAUUUUCUGCGGAAAGAUCUUUUGAAAAAUGAUGUCUGGGAAUGAACUCCCAAAAUUAUUACAAGUGUUCCCAUGAAAAUUUUAUAAGCUAAUCGAGCUUUCUUGACAGUGAAGGAUGAAAUUGGAAUUAUGUCAGCUCUUUGGAAGCUUAAAACUAAGGUGCUGGAAUCUCAGCAUAGUAGCAGCGGUCUUUCAAGCUUAAAAAAACUUGUUGCAAAUUUUACGCGGGACGGAGGAUAUAUAAGGAAGAAAGCUCUCCAGGUGAUCGGGAAAGCAGAAUCACUAGUUCCAUGGUAGAACCUUUCUUGACAUGCGUCGAAUCCUCUUGGAAGAGGCGGGAGUAUACCUUGGAGCUGCCGUCAUCGUCUAGAAAUACCAACGGCCGACGGAGCUCUGCCGACUAUCGUGCUCAGUGUUGAUGUGCAGAAUCAGCAUCUGAAAAGCAGAGUCGCCCCACCCAUUUUCUCUUUCAGGUAUAUUCUGGUGGCCAUGGCCAUGGCGGUUGGCGGACCCCACCCUGAAUCAAUCUGGUUACCGCCACCGACCCCUCCUUUUCUCGCUCCAUACCUAAAAAGAUACCCUUUCAUCCGUGGCGCCUUACACAUCGUUGGAUGCUGAAGAAAGCAGAGAAUCCGACGUCAGAUGUUGACGCCCGUACUGUGCCUGUCCUCUCUACUCUCACACCUCUUUUUCUCCCUCGCUCCUUCUCCCACCUCUCAAAUCCCUCUCGCUGUAAC